UCCUUUACGAUUUUUCUGACGACGGUGCGGCACGACCUGUCUGGGAAUUCAAACAGCCGGCACUGCCCCUCGUCAUCUUGAUAUUCUGUGUCGACCAAAGUCUCAUGGCCCAGACACAUCGGUGACGACACUUCGCAGUCUUCAGUGACUUUUAUCGUUAAUCCGCCUUACCUGGGCCCUUAACACUUCCAGGAUGGCGCCAAGCCCGACUGCUGUCGGAACUCUCUUGCGACAAGUGGUCUAUUACCAUCUCGACAGCGGCUCCUACGACAAUGCUCUUUUUUUCGCCGAACGAUACGCCGCGCAAGACCCUCGAUCGAGCGAAGCCGCCUACCUUUACUCACUAUGCCACCUUCGACUCGGCGACUACCGAUCCGCCUAUGAUGCCAGUAAAUCGAUGGGAUAUCGUGGUGUGCAUUUGGGGUGCACUUGGGUCUUUGCUCAGGCGUGUUUAGCGUUGGAACGGUACAAAGACGGCAUCGCAGCUUUGGAUAAGGCCAAAGGCUCAUGGUCGCAGAAAAAUACCAUUGGCAAACACAGCGCAACCACCCGAGCUGCCUACCCUGAUACCCCUGCGGUUCUUUGCUUGCUGGGAAAGCUGUACCGCGGUUACGAUGACAAGAAGAGAGCUGUGAGCUGUUUUGAGGAAGCAUUGAAACUUAAUGCUUUUCAAUGGGACGCCUUCAAGGCUCUAUGCGACAUGGGCGUCAAAGUUCGUGUGCCAAACAUCUUCAUGGCUAGCGACAGCUUACUGCAGAACCUUGGUCAAGACUUGACAACAGUAAAUGCUGAGCUGAACCAGAGCCAGAGCACCAUCUCAAGCUCCUUCGAGCAGCAGCAGCAACAACAACCGCAGCAACCUCCGAAGAAGUCAUCUAUGAGACAUGUGACAGCCGACAUGGGGCCUGAUCCGUUUGGCGUUAGCUUUUCUGCCGCGGAUAUGACCCCCAUGACUGAAAACAUGUUGGCAAAUACUGAGAGUGACUUCAUGUCCAGGAUGCAAAAUGCUAGAUUCAAGCUUACGAGCUCAGCCAACCACCAUCAAAACGACAUGGAAGGCCUAGAGACUCCAACAGGGCCACCAGCGGAGGCAAUGAUGUCUCGGUCUAACAACCUGCAGGAACCGCCGCAUGCGCCCGCCAGGAGGACUCGAAAUGCCCAGCAUGUCGACCAGACACUCGAAGCGCCGCCACGAAUGAACCAUCGACUUGGAUCGAGGAAAAAUACUGCUACGCGAGAGAAAAAUAGCCAAGAACAGCCUUUGGAGCCCAUCUCAGAUACCCCUAGUGCCCCUACUGGAAACUCACGGUCUAGUGUUAUGUCGACAACCGAUAGGAAACGAACGCUUGCCGGACACCCAGUGUCACGAUCAGUAAACACGGAAGAACACGCUACGAGACGAAGCGCCCGAUUGAUAAAACCGUCGGGUAAGCCGAACUCGGCAACGUCAACUCCAGCUCCUGGAGGAGCCCCCGGUGGACGAGAGUUGAAAAAGGCUAGACCCCCAGUCUCUCGUAUGGUGCGGCCGGGUUCUAGUGGCUCCAACGCCGUAAGAGUUGUUAGUGGAAAUCGAAAGCCUUUGGAAGACCACAGCGGAGACGGGGACUAUGAUGAGAUGGUCAAGGUCAGAGAAGCCUCAGCUCCGCCCUCCAAGGUUACGGAACACAGCUUAGCAAGAUUCGAAGAGGCGUUGCGAUGGGUAAUGGAUUUGAUGAAGAAGCUUGGGAGUGGGUACUUUUUGCUAUCGCAAUUCCAGUGCCAAGAAGCAAUUCAGGCAUUGAGUGCGCUGCCUGUAGCUCAUCAAAGCUCACCCUGGGUUUUGGCGCUUAUGGGACGUGCUCAUUAUGAGCAGGCUUCAUAUGCAGAGGCAGAGAAGUUUUUUCGAAGAAUGCGCGCACAAUGUCCUUCGCGCCUAGAAGAUAUGGAAGUGUAUUCCACCAUCCUCUGGCAUUUGAAGCGGGAGACAGACCUCUCCUUUUUGGCUCAUGAACUUGUGGACGCCGCAUGGCACUCUCCGCAGGCGUGGUGCGCUUUGGGCAACGCCUGGUCUCUUGCACGAGACCCUGAGCAGGCCCUCAAAUGCUUCAAGAGGGCCACCCAACUGGAUCCAAAGUUUGCGUACGGCUUCACGCUGCAAGGACACGAGCAUGUUACCAACGAGGAAUACGACAAGGCCCUCACAGCUUACCGGCAAGCGAUAUCAGCGGAUAAGAGGCAUUACAACGCCUACUAUGGCAUUGGACGAGUCCAGCAACGCUUGGGCGCCUACGACAAGGCCCUUACCCACUUCCAGGCCGCCCAUCUCAUCAACCCUAACAAUGCUGUGCUAGUCACCUGCAUCGGAACAGCGCUUGAGAAGCAGAAGCAGAUCAUACCCGCACUACGUGCUUAUUCCAAGGCCGUCGAGCUCGCUCCACGUGCAGCUUCCACAAGAUACAAGAAAGCACGAGCUCUCCUCGCUGUUGGACAGACUGAGGAGGCACAGAGAGAACUUGUCAUCUUGAAAGAUUUGGCCCCAGAUGAGGGCACGGUGCACUUCCUCUUGGCAACGCUGUAUAGGAGUAUGAAUGAGAAGCAAGAGGCGGUUCGCCAUUAUACUAUUGCUUUGGCAUUGGAUCCAAAGGCUGGACCGCAGAUUAAGGAGGCGAUAGAGAGUUUUGAGGAUGAUAUACCAAUGGACGACUCAAUGAUUUGAUGAUGAUGCUCAUGAGUAUCUUUUUAAAGAGGGCUUGGAUGGUCAUCUGAGCAUUUUUGAUAAUAGGGGCUCAGAGUAGCACCACGUGUAAUAUGAACAAAAAAGGGGGAGGUUCGGUUUUUC